ACGAGUCGCCCGAGGUCGCCCGGCGGACGAGUGAUUAGAACCCGUGACCGGCUCCCGGGCCCGUGCUCCUUCCGCUGGACGGACUUUACUGCUCCUAGCGUUUCUCCGAGCACCGGUCGACCGGAGCCGUCCGGCCCCGCCAUGGCCCCCAACGUCAGCACCAAGCGGAAGAACCUGAGCAUGGAGGACAAGGUGCAGGUCAUCCGGGAGGUGGAGAGGGGCAAGAAGAAGUCGGCCGUGGGCCGCCAGUUCAACCUGGUGCGGUCGACGAUCCACAGGAUCUGGAACGACAGGGAGCGGAUCCUCAGCGCGUUCGAGCAGGAGGGGCCGAAGGCCAAGCGGCUGCGGAAGCCCGCCCGGGGGGACGUGACCGAAGCCCUGGCCGCGUGGGUCAGGCAGCAGAGGGCCGCGGACGUGCCCGUCAGCCGGCCCCGGCUCGUCGUCAAGGCGCGAGAGCUGGCGGCCGCGCUGGGGGACGAGACGUUCGUGUGCUCCGGCGACUGGGUCCGCCGCUUCCAGUCGCGCCACGACGUCCGCUUGGCCCCGGGCGGCGGAGCCGGGGCCGGGGGCCCCGGCGCGGGCGGGGAGUGGGCGGCGGCCGUGUGGCCGUCGCUGCGGGAGGGCUUCGGCGAGGGGGACGUCUUCUGCGCCGACGAGACGGGCCUGAUUUUCGGGACGACGGGCGACGGCGGGAGACCGGCCCGGGACCGGAUCACGGCGCUCGUGUGCGCCAACAUGAGCGGGACGGAGAAGCGGCGGCUGGUGGUGGUGGGGGAGUCGCCCCUCCCCGGACCCCCGUCCCAGCGGGCCCCGGAGCGGACGCCCGUCUUCUACUCGGUCCACCCCAGGGCCCGGAUGACGUCGGCCCUGUUCCGGGCGGAGCUGCGGCAGUGGGACCGAGAGCUGCGCCUGCAGAGCCGCAAGAUCCUCCUGCUGGUGGACCCCGGGCCGGCCCGCCCGCGGGCGGACGGCCUGCGGAACAUCCGGCUGGCUUUCCUCCCGGCCGGGCGGCCGGGGCGGCCGCGGCCGUUGGGCCGGGGCGUCGUCGGCAGCCUCCGGGGUCACUUCCGCCGGCUGAUGACGCUGAGGCGGGUGGAGCGCGCGGGCCGCGGGGGGGACCCGGCCGCCACCCUGGGGGACGCCCUCUGGGCCGCCGACAAGGCCUGGGGCGGCAUCACGGAGGGCACCAUCCGCGAGGGCUUCCGGCAGGCGGGGCUCGCGGGGGCCGACCCCGGGGCGGCGGGCGACGGCGGCGGCGGGGGGGACGACGACCUCCCCAAGCCGGGGUGGCCGAGGUGGACGGAGGAGGCCGACGGGUACGCCGACGGCUUCCCCGACCCGGACCCGGACGUCUUCGCCGUCUCCCGGCCCCCGGCCGAGCCGCCGGGGGACCGGGCCGGGGGGCCGGGAGCCGAAGAGAAGGCAGAGGAGGCGGGGGGCGCCCCCAGCCCCCGGGACGCCCUGCGGGCCUUCAGGCUCCUGCGUCGGUUCUACCGGGCCUGGGAAGCCGAAGCCCCGAUCCCUCCGCUCGGGAGGAGGAAGGUGCCGGUGACGUUCGAGGACGUGGCCGUCUAUUUCUCGCGGGAGGAGUGGGCGGCGCUGGACGGGCGGCAGCAGGAGCUCUACCGGGACGUGAUGCGGGGCAACUACGAGCUGGUGGCCUCCCUGGGGACGCUCGACCCCAAGCCCGACGUCCUGUACCGGAUCGAGCACGGAGAGGAGCCGUGGGUGGGGGUGAGCGGGCACGCGGCUCUGAGGGACGUGCUGGCCCGCUCCUUCCUGGGGGCCGGCCCGGAACCCGAACGCCGCGUCCCGCCGGAGGCCCGGAGCGAGGCCCGGGACCCGCCGCCCCGGCCGUGCCGGAGGCGGUUCGGCCGCCGGCGGGAGCUGGCCCGGCACCGGCGGGCCCACGCCGGCGAGCGGGCCUUCGGCUGCCCCGAGUGCGGGAAGCGCUUCCGGACGAAGGCCGGCCUGGCGCGGCACCGGCGGGGCCACCCGGGCCACCGGCCCUUCGCCUGCCCCCACUGCGCCAAGCCCUUCGGCCGCCACUGGCACCUGGCCCGGCACCUGCGCUGCCACUCGGGGGAGCGGCCGUUCGCCUGCCCCGAGUGCGGGAAGCGCUUCCGCUGGAAGAGGAACCUGGUGACCCACCAGCGGCGGCACGGCGGCGGGCGGCCGCUCUACCCCUGCCCCGAGUGCGGGAAGCGCUUCACCUGGAAGAAGAACCUGCUGACGCACCGCAAGGCCCACGAGGAGCGGGACGCCCCGCCGGGGGACGGGGCCCCCCGGGCGGGGCCGCCGGGCCCCGGGGCCCCGCCGAAGCCGAGGCUCUUCCCCUGCGCCCUCUGCGACCGGCGCUUCGGCCGCAACAUGGACCUGAUCCGCCACCAGCGGGUGCACACGGGCGAGCGGCCCUUCCCCUGCCCCGAGUGCGGGAAGCGCUUCAGCCGCAAGGCCCACCUCGUCGCCCACGCGCCGGUGCACACGGGCGACUGGCCCUUCCCCUGCGGCCAGUGCGACAAGGGCUUCUGCACCAAGGCCAACCUGGUGCGGCACCAGCGCACCCACCUGGGCGUCGGCCCCUUCUCCUGCCCGCAGUGCGGCAAGUGCUUCGGCCACGAGGACGACCUGGCCCGCCACCUGCCCUGCCACGCCCGGGAGCGCCCCUUCGCCUGCGCCGACUGCGGCAAGUGCUUCAAGUGGAAGAACAACCUGGUGGUGCACCGGCGCAGCCACACGGGCGAGCUGCCCUUCCCCUGCCCCGAGUGCGGGAAGCGCUUCAGCCAGAAGUCGCACCUGGUCACCCACGCCCCCGUCCACACCGGCGAGCGGCCCUUCCCCUGCGCCCAGUGCGGCAAGCGCUUCCGCCAGAAGUCCCACCUGGUGGCCCACGCCCUGGUGCACAGCGGCGAGCGGCCCUACCCCUGCCCCGACUGCGGGCGCCACUUCAUCCGCAAGACCAACCUCAUCCGCCACCAGCGGGUCCACGCCGGGGGGCCGGGUGAUUUGGCCGGCCCGCCCGUGGCCGGGGACCGCCACCGGACCGCUCCCUGCGCCGCACCCCGGUGUCCGGCCGGGAACCCGGGCGGUGAAGCGGCGGCGGAGCCCGGCGAGCCGGAGGAGACGGGAAGCCGAGCGCACGGACGGGAGGGGGAGGAUGGGGGCCGGCCGAGGCGGAGCCGGCCGGUUCCCGCGGGGCGGGGGAAACCGGGCGGUCACCGCGUUGGAGCCCGGGCAGCCAGAGGGGAGCAGGGAUCCGGAGGCGUGCUCGGCCCCAACCGCCGGGCCGAGGCGCCGACGGCGGGGGAGCCGGCCGGCGGGCUGGGGGCGGGGGGGGCCGACGUCCGGGGUGGAGGCUGGGGCCGCGCCUCCGACCCCGGGCCGCGGGGCGGAGAGCGGCGGGUCGGAGGGUGGGAGAUCUGCCCCGGCACCCCGGACCCCCCACCCCCGCCGCCGGCCCGCACUGACCCUCCUCUGCUCCGGGAUCGGGGACUCCGCGGGGACGGAGGGAGGGGAGUCGACGGGGUUCCCCUGCCCCCUGCUCGGUGA